AUGGAAACAUUAACGCCUCGUUUUGCAGACGUCGAUCAUUGCUUGAACACGGGCGUGAUCGAAGCCUCGACGGAUUCGGAUACCACCUGGUCUACCAUCAGAACCUGGCUGGCCGACUGCACCGAGCACCAUACAGCUUGCUCCUCGGCCAGGCCAGCAGGGCCUCUCCCAACCCGGGUCAUAGAGAUAACACCCGGCCAGCCUCUCAAGCUCGUCCUCGCCAGCGAGCUCGUGUCAUCGUCACCCGCCGACUACGCGACUCUGAGCCACUGCUGGGGCUCGCACAUGCCGCUACGGCUCCUGACGUCGAAUCUCUCUUACCUGCUGCGCGAGAUCCCCCUUGAGAAGCUCAGCAAGACCUUUCAGCACGCCGUCGCCAUCGCGCGCCGCAUGGAGGUUACCUACCUCUGGAUCGACAGCCUCUGCAUCAUCCAGGACUCCGCGUCCGACUGGCUCGCGGAGUCGGCGACCAUGGCCUCCGUCUACUCCAACGCGCGCUUCAACAUAUCCGCCGCGCAUGCGCCGGACGGCAACGGAGGCUGCUUCGCCACCCGCGACCCGGCAGCCGCGCUCGCACCGCUGCACGUACACGUCCCCUGGGCCGGCUGGGGGACCUCGCCGGGUUCGCGCGCCGUGCUGGAGAGACACUGGUGGCGGCGGCACGUGGAUGCGGCGCCGCUUCUGCAGCGGGCGUGGGUGUUUCAGGAGCAGGUCCUCGCGAGGCGCAACUUGAUCUUUGGGGACGUCGAGGUCCUGUUCGUGUGUCGCGAGACGGUGGCCAGCGAGCAGUUCCCCUCUGGGAUCCCGGAGCGGCUGUGGGAUGCCCUGGUAGAGGAGUUUUCCGGACGCAACCUCACGCGCGGGACCGACAAGCUCAUCGCCUUCUCGGCCGUUGCGUCGCAGAUGCGCCGGCACAUCCGCAGCGACUAUCUGGCCGGGCUGUGGCGAGUCUACCUGCCGGGCCAGCUGCUGUGGUGGAUCAACUCCAUGCAUGCGGAGCUUCAACCGCGGCCGGAGUGUGAUUACAUUGCGCCGAGCUGGUCGUGGGCGUCG